AUGGUGCCACCAUUUGAUAACCCUAAUUUUACAUCCAAAAUGCUUUAGCUUCUGUCAAAUGUCAACCAAGUAGCUUUCCUCUCCUUCCCUCUUCAUUGUUUUUGUGUAUAAGGAUUACAAUUUCGCAAAAGAACAUGGUUCUUUUGAACUAUCUUCUUGAAAUGGCUUUAUAUUUUGUGGAAUUUUAUUUUUUGCAUAUUUGGAUUCUCAAAUUUCAGAGAUGGAUGAGGAAACGUCAAAUUCAGCGCGUCGAAUGUCGACGAGAUCUCGUAAGGUUGCUCCGAAAAUGGCUGCUGCGCUUGCUAGCUCCGACAAUCGGUCACAGAGCUAGUUUUACUGUCCUGUUGGCACAGGCAAUUUUGGCUCGCCUUGAUGCUUUGGAAAGUGACAAUGCUGUGCCGGAGCCGGUGCAACUUGAUGACGAUGAUGAAGCCUCUCUUGAUGACGAUGAUCAAGUAUAUCAGAAGAGGCAAUCGAAAGGCACUAAAAGGAAAACGCGCCAAGCCAAGGCUCUUGAGAACAAGAAGGCUCCAAAGACAUUCAUAGAGCUCUUGAAUGAGGCAAACCUGGAGUCCUUGCCUCCCCAUGUCCCCACCUACUUGAGAGCAGCAGCGGGACCUCCGAGCUCCACCUGCCGUCGCCAUUUCUGCACUGUUUGUGGAUUCUCUGCUCCCUAUACAUGUGUACAGUGUGGGAUGCGCUUCUGUUCAAUCCGAUGCCGGACUAUCCACAAUGAUACUCGGUGUUUGAAAUUCGUUGCCUGAUCUCAAGAAGCCACGAGGUUCAUUCACUUGGGUAUUCUAAACCUCUGAUCUGCAUAUACAAUCUUGUAUUCUAGGUAACUUUCAUGUCUAAAUCACAGAGACAUCAAUUCAUUCCCAGUAAACCUGACACCAUGACUAGUUUCUAAACUUGACUGUUUGUGCAUGAAAUCCCUCUUUCUUUCCAGUCAGGGUGUUCUCUUGCUUCCAAUGAAUACCAUAUAAGAUCAAGUCCCAUUUGUCAUCUGUUCAUAUAUACAAAUGGUACAUUUCUAAUUCACUCUUGAUCUUUAUUUAGAUUAGAAAUUUUCGAUCUUGUAUUAGUUAGUCUCACUUCAUUGGCCAAGAUACUCCACUGGAAAUCCCUAUACUUUUUGAAAUGGUAAACCAUUUACACACUAGUUUUCCUGUUUUGUGGAGAAACUCUGAUGAUGAAUGAAUAA